GGUGAUGGCGGCUUCCUUGCGGAGCCACGUGACUUCAGAUGGCUGAAGACGGAAAGUAGUGUGGCGUUCGCGGCGGCUGAUAUACUUGGAAGAUAAUAUUUUUCUGCCUGAGGAAACAUUAUUUGAAAGGAAUAAUGGCUAGCUACAAACCUGUCAUCAUUCAGACUUAUCCAAAACUUGGUGAAAAAGUAACACAGGAUACUUUAUACUGGAAGAAUUACAAGUCUGCCAUUCAGAUAAAGGAGUUUGGUGCAGUGAAUAAAAUUGACUUUUCUCCAAUCCGUCCACACAAUUAUGCUGUUACAGCCUCCUCGAGGAUUCACAUUUAUGGCCGAUACUCACAGGAGCCAAUCAAAACGUUCUCUCGGUUCAAAGAUGUUGCAUACUGUGCUACUUAUAGAGACGAUGGGAAGCUGUUGGUCGCUGGCAGCGAAGAGGGCAGUGUUCGACUCUUUGACAUUGGUGGGAGAGCAGCGCUGAGACAGUUCGAGGGCCAUACCAAAGCAGUACACGUUGCAGGCUUUCUAUCUGAUAAAUACCGGAUAGUAUCUGGAGCCGAUGACUACUCAUCCAAGGUGUGGGAUGUUUCUUCUGCCUCAGAAAUUAUCACCUACAGAGAGCACACAGACUAUGUGAGAUGUGGCUGCACUAGUAAACUGAACUCAAAUCUCUUUGUAACAGGCUCAUAUGAUCAUACUGUGAAAGUAUUUGAUACCCGGACAGAAAACAGCAUUAUGACGAUAGAACAUGGACACCCAGUGGAGAGUAUUAACCUCUUUCCUUCUGGAGGUCUUCUUGCGACUGCAGGUGGUCGAUAUGUUAAAAUCUGGGAUAUCCUUAAAGGAGGGCAGUUACUUGUCUCCUUGAAAAAUCACCAUAAAACAGUAACCUGUUUGUGCCUGACAAGCUCUGGUCAGAGACUGCUGUCUGGCUCACUAGAUAGGCACGUGAAGGUAUACAGUACGACAUCCUACAAGGUGGUUCACAGCUUUCUCUACGAAGCCUCCAUUCUCAGUCUUGCAUUAGCACCUGAGGAUGAAACCCUGGUUGUUGGCAUGUCGAAUGGAAUACUGAAUGUUAAACAUCGAAAACAUGAAGAAAAGCAGCCUUUUCGAAAGAGGAGGAGGCCCACGUAUCGAACAUUUGUGAAAGGAAGGAACUACAUGCCAAAGCAGGAGGAUUUCCUUGUCACAAAGCCUGUAAGAAAUCACUUGAAAAAAUAUGACCAACUUUUGAGAAGUUUCCAGGUUUCCAAGGCUCUGGAUGCUGUCCUACAGGGCCCUGUACGAUCGAACCCGCCUGAAGUUACAGUCGCAGUCAUGCAGGAACUGAACCGCAGAGGCACGUUGAAAAAUGCACUUGCGGGACGAGAUGAGAAACAGCUCAGCGUCCUCCUUUCUUUCUUGAUAAGGCAUGUAACUGAUAUGAGAUUUGCUGCUGUGCUGAUCAAUGUUGCGGAAAUGAUUAUAGAUAUCUACCUGCCUGUGGUUGGACAAUCUGCUGUUGUCGAUAAGCAGUUUUUAAAACUUCAGAAUAUUGUAGAAAAGGAGAUUGAUUACCAGGAGGAACUGCUAGAAGUCUUGGGGAUGAUGGAUGCACUGUUCGCUACUUUGGCGAGAAAAAAGCCAAAUGCCGUGGAGGAGAACAAACUGGAUGGUGUAUAG